UGGCUUGCCAUUGAUUUGCACGAGUCCUUGUCAACAAACGGAUGCAUCUCGUGUUUCAAGUUCAUCGCUCCCACCAUGCGUUAUUACUCCAAAUUGCUGGAAUCGGAACACCGUACCUGUAAACCAGGCACCAGGUGGUCCCCUCCAGGUUGGUAUGGGUUCUUCGUCUGUCAUAGGACCAGAUGGAAAGGUCUACCUGGAGAUUUCUCCUCAGUGGCGUGCAUCGCAAGAUCGCAUUAGCCUUUUGACUGGAUAUGAAGUUAAGGUCAUGUGCAGCAGGAAUGUUUGUGCUUCACAAUAUUUCUGUGUCACAAUGUUAUUCAACAGAACAUUGACCAUUGAGGAUACUCGUUCUAAUUUUACGGUGAGCUGUCAGUAUGGGAAUUUUUCCCAGCCUAGCAUGGACUACGUCAUUAUUAUAAAGAGCCUUCCGAAGAAUAAUGAUGAUUCAAACAAAGGAAGUCAUAUCGGAGCCCUUCCAAGUAUGUACCGCCUCAUUCGCAUGGUGUAAAUAUGUGAUUGCACCCUGACAUAGCAAAUUGAUCCAUUUCAUAGCAAGGAAUAAUAAAUGUCUUUAUUCGAUCUAAAACAAAACA